AUGAGUGUGUCCAAUGAGAGCAUCUCAUGGGAGUUCAUUCUCUUAGGGUUUUCAGACCGGCCAUGUCUGGAGCUGCCACUCUUUGUGGUGUUUCUAGUGUCCUAUAUUCUGACCAUCUUUGGAAAUAUGAUGAUAAUUCUUGUGUCCCGCCUGGAUGCCAAACUCAAUACACCCAUGUACUUUUUCCUCACUAACCUGUCCCUGCUGGAUCUGUGCUACACCACAAGCAUAGUCCCACAAAUGCUCGUCAACAUCUGCAGCACCCGGAAGGUGAUCAGCUAUGGUGGCUGUGUGGCCCAGCUUUUCAUUUCCCUGGCCUUGGGUUCCACAGAAUGCUUUCUCCUAGGUGUCAUGUCCAUUGACAGGUUUGUAGCCAUCUGUCGGCCUCUCCACUACUCAGUCAUCAUGCACCAAAGGCGCUGCCUCCACUUGGCAGCUACCUGCUGGAUCAGUGGCUUCAGCAAUUCAGUAUUACAGUCC